AUGGCGUCCGACGCGCGCGCGUCGCCGCUGCAUGCCGCCGACACACUCGGCGUUGCACCCGCUGCCCUCGCGUCGCAGUCGUUCAUGUCUGACUCGCAGCUCACGUCCGAUCGAUCGCUAGUCAGCACGGGCGACUCGGUGUUCUCCGUCGCGCCGUCGCCGCUCUACUCGCCGCAGCAGGCGGAUGCUCGACGGAUACCUUCAGACGACAUUUCGGCCCCUCGCCCGGCGCCCCACCCCGCGUCGCUUGUCAAGACUGUGGUCCAGCAGUUUCGUGCAGUGUACAAACCGGCCACAAGCACGGGGCGCAAUGUCACAAACGAGGUGAAUCAUACUGGCGAUAGUGACCAAAGCCGCCCCCACUUGGACGCAACGCACAGAACAAUCGAGCCAAGAGAAGCGAGUGGACCUGACGAUUUCGACGCGGGUCUGCGGUCGCAGCGCACGAAGCGGAGGGACGACAGCAAGACGUCGAACACGUGCAGCUCGUUCAGUACGCGGGACACGGUCGUGUCUCGCAUGUCGUCGAACGUUGGGGGCUUGCGCGAGAGUUUCUUUGGGGCAAUGGGGCGCGCGUCGACGGGAAAAUGCGACCCGCUGCAGCUGUCGCCCAAUCAAGAGUUUGACUUGGACGUCAUUGACGAGAGUGGCGGGAUGGACGAGACGAUUGGACAGAUCUUGAAGCCACAGAUGGACUUUCGGAAGUGGUCGAAAGAAACGUACGCGGUGCUCAGCUUUGGCCUUGUGCUGCUGCUGCUUUUGCUCGUGCUGGCGCUCACGGUCAACACGCUCGACGGCUACGUCAUUGACCCGGGACUCGUCUUUGGCUCGUUGCUCACGCUCAUUCUCUGUGCCUGUGUCUUUGUGACGUACCAUGGCGUGCAGAGCUUUCAGCGACAUCCGAACCCUCUCAUUUAUUACAAGUGUGUGAUCGACAUGUGCUUGGCACUUCGCUUCCUGCUGGACCCGUUGCUACUAGAGAUGGGACUGUAUAGAGUGAACGACGAACGAUCGUGUGCCUAUCUAUCAGGCAUGACGCAAUUUUUGUAUCUGUCCAGCGAAUGCUGGUACUUUGCACAGAUCGUUGACAUGUACUGGUCGCUCACGAAUCCAUUUAUGAGUGUCAAGGUCAAUCGCAAACGAUUCAGGAUUGCCGUGUACUCGGUUGGAGCGUUUUCGGGCACUUUCUUAGCGCUGAUGCCGAGUAUUCAUGGCAUUGCCGAUGGAAACUUUUGCUGGACGAAACGGAAAACCUCCAGUGAUCCUGUAGAACGAGACUUUUUCCACCUCAACUCGGGCAGCUGGCUGUUGUUUUACAUUUGGAUGAUCUUGUUCUACAUCUCGGGCAUCACGGUGCUGAUGUUCGGAAUCAAACGGCUUCGUUCGGGACUGCGUGAUACGCUUCAGAGUCGGCGGGAGCUGCUGCGGAACGGUGCUCUGUCAAUUACGAGCUACACAGUCUACUGGACCAUUGUGUUCAUGUGGUACGCGCUUUCGUUUCAGAGGCGAACGACGUACGACAAGAACGGCCACUUUCCGCCCAGUCACGUGUUCCGGGCCUUUACCUUCACACUAUCGGCUCGUGGGACUGUCGAUUACUUUGUGUGGUUCAUGGUCAAUAGUCCGAGUCAAAUUCGAGAGAAGUGGCUCAAGUUCACGUCAGAUUCGGUGGACAAGCAGUUCAGCGCGCAGCUUAACACGGCACUGCAAGAAGAGCUGAUCUAUUUUACUAUUGAAGGCAUGACACGCGCGGUGCAGAUCGCAGAUGAGGAACUUGCUCGCAUUCGCGAUCAGUCUCCGAUACGAGAAGAAGAGACGAGUAUGGACGACGAUGACGACGACAGCAGUUCGACGCAGGUUCCAGGUGAAGCUGCAACAACCGCCACGGGUCUUUGUGGAUCAGAUAAUUGCAGUGACUCGCUUGAAGGCGCACAAAGGAAGCGAUUGGUUACUAGUAUACAACAAGUGAUUAGCGCUGGGCUCCGUCGGACUAGCAGUGCCGUUGCAGAAGUACGAGCUGCAGCGAGGAGGAACAGCGAGGAAACCGCCUUCAGUUUUGAUAUUCCUGCAGACCAGCGGGCCGUACACCAGCCGUCCAAACCAAAUCAUCGUGCUGGCAUUCCUUCGUCGACUUCGACGAGUGCACGGUCGGCUGAUUUGCGUCCGCGAGAUGGUGGUCCAGGCACGACGCCUGCAUCCAUUCGACUCACGCCAUAUAAGCCGCUGGCAUUCGCAGAGCUUCGCCAAGUUCACGGAAUCAAGGCAGCUGACUUUGUGAAGUCUUUUCAGACCAGCACGAAGCCCAACAUCAGUGAAGGUGCGAGUGGCGCGUUCAUGUUUUUCAGUGGUGACAAGAAGUAUAUCGUCAAGUCCAUGGCCGAAGAAGAAGCACGCUUUCUGUGCGAGAUCGCAGAGAGCUACGCCAAGUACUUGACUCGGAAUCCUUUGUCGCUCAUUACGAAGUUUUACGGCUGUUUCAAGAUCACCAUGUUCGACAAGCGCUUUUACUUCAUUGUCAUGGAAAACCUGUUUGACGUCAUGGAGGAGGGCGUGCAAAUUCACCAUCGGUUUGAUAUCAAGGGCUCGUGGGUGAACCGGAGCUACAAGCGCCCGCGUCGGGGGGCUAAGGUCAAAUGCCGCCAUUGCUCAAUGAUGUUUCGGUACGGCGCGAAGAAAGGAUUGCUACAGUGCCCCAAUGUCGUUGGCCUUCACGAACCGAAUGUCGUGUUGAAAGACAACGACUUGCGCACGAGGAUGCGGAUCGGGAUGGAGGAAGGCAUCAAACUGUACGAGCAACUGCGCGAUGACUCUACCUUCCUGUGUAAUCUCGGCAUCAUGGACUACAGUCUGCUUCUCGGUGUCAUGGAUAUCGAGUUUGUCGUGGACCAACCGUCUCGGCCCCUCGCGAGCUCGCUCUUGAGCGACCACAGUGCCGCGAGUUUAGGUACCGCUAACGCAGAGACGGAUGCCGAAAGGGACUCGUACGUCUACAGCGGGACGGACGACAGUUUCGUCUCGGCGUCGUCUUCGAAUUGGUCCUCAUCGUCUCGAAGCUCGGCUGGUCGAUCGUCCACGAACAGGAACGUUGUCGACGAAACAGCGACGAUGACGACGACGACGACGCCCGUGCCGGACAAGCUCAAUUUGUCUGUCGCGCCGAGUGUGCACUCGCUCUGGCAGCAGCCCACAGACCCGUUGAACCAGCCGCGAGAUCCUCGAGCAGGUGGCGAACCCCGACCGAAGCUCUCCAUGCGGAAAAGUCAGCGCGUGUUUGGCCCUGGAUACUACUACGUUGGCAUCAUUGACAUCCUACAGACUUGGACGGUCCAGAAGCAGCUCGAGCGGUUUUUCAAGGUGAGGAUUCAGCAAAAAGACGGCGAAGGGCUGUCGGCCGUUGACCCCGUGCAGUACCAGCGGCGGUUCGAGUCCAAGUUGCGCGAGAUCAUUGCCGUGCCAAGCGAGUAUUGCCACCCCCGCGAGCACCACGAGCGACACAGUCGGCCCAAGAGGAUCACCACGUUCAAGUCGGUGCAGCGCCUCAGUCCCGUCCUGCAAGCUGCUGCGGCGUUCGAGAGCGCGGCAGCCGCUGCCCAAGAAGCGAGGCGAGCGACGGUGGCCCGGGACCGAGGAGACUCGACCGACACGCAGGCGUCGUCGGGCGCGAGCGCGAAUGACUUGGAGCGCACGAGUCGGAACCCCGAGCCCAUCUUGCUGCCGUUCAACCAGCGCCUGAUCUCGACCAAGUCGUCGCGGAGCCACUUGCACGUUGUGGCAGACGGGGCCGCGGGCAGCAGUAAUGGCCCCGCGCCGUGA